UUUUAAAUGCUUAUUUAUUCACAAAUUGUUUACACGAUCAGACAUGUUUCACUGAAGUAAGUUCAAUACUGUCAAAAAUAUAAGGGCAUAAAUAUCAAUGACAAAAAAUGGAUUUCUCAAAUCUCUUAUAUCUUAUAUAUUAAAGUUUGGUAGUUCAAACAGUCAAUUCUACAGUUAAUUUUAUUUAUAUACAGACAAACAUACAUGUAUUCACAUGCAAUAUACUUUUUUUUCUAUAUGAAACCCUGGGACACGUCUCUUUCAAAUGCACUAUUACUGAUAUGUUUGUGACCCCAUUUUGGCAUGUUACACCUGUCCUUUACAAUUCAUGUCAUUUCCUGGUUUACUUUGUGUCGUGACUGAAGUCUGCUCUCCUAAUUCCAUUUACCUGUCUGGAGAUGUUGAAGGAGCUUAUGAGUGUCUUAUGCUGUCCUCGCUGUCCUUUACUUUAAGCAGCAAUGAUUGAGUGAACUGCCGGCGAGAGCUAAAUGAAUGAAGACGUGCCCUUUCCUUCCUAGAAAUUUCCCUAAUUAACUUUGGCACUGAUGUUUGCUUAAAAAUAACAACAACAACAACAACAAAAAAAACUCUGGGAUUGAUUUGAAAUCGAUUUCUGCCAUAUGAAGGUCAAGUCUAGAGAAUUACUAAAAUCUGUUUUCUGGGUCCAAAUUCUUUUCUGAUUUAUCGACAGAACAAUAGAAUAGAUUUUUAUAAUGUGUAGGAAACUAUACAAUGAUACAAGAGCGCAGGAACACAAUUGCAUGUAAAACCUGUUGCAAUUGUGUGACCAUUUAUCUUACUAGGAAAUGACAUCACGUGUUGAGUGCAUGGUGCCUCAACAUCCCUCCAUAUUAAACGGCAAAGACAACACAGGAGGACAAAAGCAGUGGAGUCCAUGAGCCAGCAUGCUGAUAGACUUCCCCCGUUCCCCACGCCUGUCUCUAAUCUGCAUGCAGACGACUUCUAUGUGGAUAUUUGGAUUUCCUCACCAUAGCAACAGAGCUGCAAAACCGUGCUGUACAACCUCUCAUCAGACACAGUCGUGCCUUGGAAUCGCACGGCACGCGGGAGCCAGACAAAAGGGAGAUAAGAAGAGGAAAGGGAAGGGAAGAGCAUACCGCUGCCCUGCACCUAAUUCUCUGUGGGAAUUCUCCUCAUUAGGACCAUGACAGCUCAGUUACAAUCGCUCCAAAGUGCCAAGGGUCAUGAUAACAGCCGGCGGUUGAGCAUUAAUUCCUGCGCUCAGCUCAGAGACAAAUGGAGGGAUGCAAAAAUGUCACUCUUUUCUCACCAUGACAGAGCCUCUCUAUGCUGAAUCCUUUUGCGUCGGACUUCGAUCGAGCGCGGGUUAACUGCGAGAGAGCGGCUGGAAGAUUUACCCCCCCCCCACCCCACCUCCUCUCCUCUUCCACGUUGCCAAUCUGUCCGUGCCUCUGAUUUUCCACUCAUUCUGCCUCUCUGGUCUCUGUUUACCUCUGUCUGCAGAUUUCUCCACCCCUUUCUCUCAGUCUCUCAUGUUUUCGUGCUCCCUCCCACUGCUCGCUAUCUCUCCUCCCCUCGUGCCUUCAAAGCCAGCAGUCUGCUCAUCACUCCAGGGCUGCAUGCUACAUGAUCUCUUGGAAAACAGCGUCCUCGUCUUGCUCGAGCUGCUUCAUGUGCAAGCCUUAAGAUUUCUUGCCCAGGACAGCAGGAUGCUCCUGCGCUGGCACUGAUUCCACUAUUUCUUUUCUCGAUUUCCCCUUCCCCUCCCCUUUCCUAAUCUCCUGCCCUCUGACCCUGUUCCCCUUCACCCCAGAACCCUAUUCCCUCUCUUUCCCCCUUCUUUCUUGACCAUGUUGCCAUGUGUCUACCGGCUCCAGCCUGUCCUUGCCUUGCUCUCCUUCACUUUGUUGACUCAAGGGGAUAAUUGCCCAGCCACCUGCCUUUGCCCAGACCCUCACACUGUGGACUGUAGCGGCCGUGGACUUACCCGUCUUCCGGACGAGAUCCCCUUGGACGUGCGGAGGCUACUGUUGGCGGACAACUGGAUCCCACGGAUUCCUUCGGACUUCCUAGUGCUCUACAGUGACCUGGUCUACCUGGACCUCCGCAACAACUCACUCUCACACUUUGAGCCGGGCACCCUCAGCACUUCUUCCAGGCUGGUUUUCCUGGAUCUCGGCAGCAACAACCUGACCGAGAUCCCCAAAGGGACUUUUGGAGAGUCGAGGAGCCUAAUUAAGUUGCGCUUGGGCAACAACCCGUACCUGAGCAUGGUAAAUGAAGAUGCUUUCAUGGGUCUCACCUCCUUGCGUGAACUAGAACUAGAACGCAAUGCCCUUUCCGGGCUACAGGUGAGCGCCCUGAGCCAGCUGCCCUCGCUCCGGGUGGUUAGGUUAGAGGGCAACCCUUGGGUGUGCAACUGCAACUUUGCCAACCUAUUUACCUGGCUGGUGGAAAACAGUCACAAGCUUCCCAAUGGUAUAGAGGGAAUGGAGUGCUCUUUACCCACUGAUGGACGCCGUGUGCCUCUCAGCCAGCUCUCCCAGGACAGUUUUCGGGAGUGCCAGAUCACCCUCACCCUCACCGAUUUCUUCAUCAUCAUCUUCUCGGGCAUCUCCGUCUCGGUGGCUGCCAUCAUGGCCAGCUUCUUCCUGGCAUCCACCGUCCACUGUUUUCAGCGCUGGAGCAAGGGCACUAAAGGGGACGAGGAGGAGAGUGAAGAAUGAAGAGGGAGCCGAACGACCUUCGAUAUGAUUCAGAGCUGCAUGUUCUUGACAGAGUCCCAAGCAAACAGCGUGACUGAACAGACACCAGGUAGAACUUGAGCAGAGAUAGCCUGAUUGAUAGUGGCUAGUACGGAUGCAGUACCCUCAGAAUCAAAGGAUUUUUGGUAUGAAAGUAAGCCUUAGUAUGCAAACUUCCAGGGAUUUACGUGUUGAAGGAAAUUCUUUGAGAUCCUGUCCCGCAAUAGAAUUCUCAGUGUUAUUGUCCGUAGACUUUCCCUCAUGUGGUCAAUAUAAAGUUAACAAAUUUCAGCUGUGAUAAUUGUUGAUUGUGCCAAAUUAGCACAACGGUUCAGACGAGCACUGAUGAAACGGCUAGACGAAGUCAUGCAAUGGGAGUCAGAAGUCAAACGAUCCAGCUUUAUACAGCCAAGUAUGUGUGAUGGAAGCCAUUUUCUUUCCAUUUUGAAAGGAUGGGGGGAAAUAACAUGAGCUUAGAGAGAUUUUAGAAAGCAUUACCUGAAAUGGAAUAGAGCUUAAUGUGAAUAGCCGUGUCAAAUGCCGCACUUUAAAAUGGUUCUAGCUAACUAACUCCUGCCCUCAAAGCACCGGGUAUUCUGGUUCAGCCCAGAUCUGCCAAAGAACGCUUUCGACUGAGGGACUGAGGUUAAUGUGUUUUGAAAUAUAGAUUUAUUUUUCUUUAAAGAGAAUCUGUAAUCUUAGCAAGAUUACAUUUAUUUAGCCUAAUUAUGGUACUACUCACAUAUUUACCCUUAAUGUGACUAAAGACAAUAUUUAUGGGAUAAAAAUAACUGCAUACUACAAAUGUCAUUGUAUUAUUCAUGUCUUAAAGGUAUAUUUGAAAAAGGCAUACAGUGGGCCUAAACAGUAUUUGGAUAUUUAAGUCAAACUUCUAUAUUGCAAUUGCAAGAUUAAACCAAGCAAAGCACGCACAAAAACAACAAACAAAAGAUUUGUGAUUGGUUUACAUAAAAAUGAAUGAAUAAUUAAAAAUGCCUUAUAUUAUGUAUUUGUAUGUUAAUGAAUAAUUCAAUUUUAAUGUAUAUUGAAGAAAAAAAUGCUUUGAGACUGUUUUGUGAAAAAAAGCAAUUGCAGAAAAGGGAAGUAUGUUUAAGUAGCUACAGCAUCCUUUCCUUUCAGAAUUCGUAAGUGUGACUUAAGUGUCCAAAUAUGUUUUGAG